GCUGUUUGUAAACAAAUUUUUUAAUUAAAAAGUGUUUAAGCCAUGUCCCUGUUUCCCGCCUAUGGCGGGGGAGAGCCUCCCGCAGCCACAGAAGCUACUGCAACCUCGAGCACCGCCUGGAAGAGCAACAAGAGUUACGAAAAGGAAAUGCCAAAUGUUGGCCGGGAAAUCAUCGAGCAAACCCACAUCAGUUCUGAUGAUUCCUUCUCCUCCUCCGGCGAAGAGGAGACUCCACCGCCCAAGGAGUCUGUGCACCAGCUGCGCCUGGAAUUCGAUGCCCGAAGCGAUGGCUUCUACGUUGACAAGAAAGGCAACAAUAGCCUGCGAACGGUUAGAACUCUGACCAAACCCACCCGGCCGCAUUACAAGCGCCGGCUACCUCAUCUCCUGGAUAACAGCCAGGUCCAGGCCAAGCUCUGGCCUCGCUCCAAGCUACAACGCUACACAAAGCUAGCGCCUGUGCCGUCGGAGAGUGGUCCCACGCCGGAGGAGAUAGCCAAACUGCAGGCCCAACUCAUGGACACCAAGGUGCUGGUCCAGCGUGAGCCGCAGCAUUUGGAGCACUGGCUGCAGCUGCAUCGUCUGCUGGAGCUCAAUCUGGACAAGGCCAAUCGGCUGGCGGUAUCCGAGCACCAGCUGCACACCCUGGAAACGGCCCUGGGCCAUCAUCCCUCCAACGAGCGGCUACUGCGUUUGUACACGGAAACGGCCAGUGCUGCCUAUCCGGCCAGUGAGGUGGCCGUUCGCCUGGAGGCUAUGCUGCAGCAGAGCCCCUUUGUGUUUAGUUUGUGGAGCAGCCUGAUCAUGGCCACCCAGGGUACCAUGGCGCGUUGCAAUGUGCCGGAUGUGCUGCGCAUUUACGAGGACAGCAUGCGUCGCAUGCAUCUGGGGCAUACGGACACCUCCAGCCGGCAGCUGGACACCGUGGACACGGACAAGAUAAUGCUGGAUCUGUUCCACAACUGUGUGCUCUUCCUUCGGCAGUCGGCGAAUAAUAAUCAUGUUUUCGCUUUGCUGCGCCUGGCCUUGGAGCUGAACUUUCCCGGAUUGACGGUGGACUGUCUGGAGGCGCGGGCCGCCGAUGAGCUGCCGCUGAUUGAGUUCGAGGAGCUGGUGCUGCAGUCGGGCAUGCCGCUGCCGGAGAUUUGGACACGGGUGGAGCGACUGCGUCAGGCGUAUAACUUUUUGCCGUAUCCGCAGAUGCAGCAUUCGUCGACGGAUGCCGUGGAGGGAGGACUGGAUCCGCAGCGUUUCAUCUUUAGCGACGAUGUCUGCCACUACAUAUACCCGCUGAAGGCCCCGGGAAAUCGGCUGCAGCUGCUCCUCCUGGUGGUGCAGCUGACCAAGAUGCCGCUGGUGCGCAGCGACUGCCUGGCAGAGAAGCUGAGCAAGCGCAUCGACGCUCAGCUGGGUGACUCGGAGGCCAUUGAGAUGCUACUCGCUGGCCUGGCUGAUCGGAGCUCCUAUGCUUUGCCACCGACUGACCAAGACCACGACUUCCUCUCGGCCCUGCUGGACUUGAGCCGGGAGUUGUGCGUCACGCCCAGCUUUAUGCCGCACUGCCUGGGCAGUGAUCUGUAUGCGGCCACCAUAGGUGGGCUGCUCCUCAAGUGUAGCGAGGCCUUUCAAGGGGAUGAGGAUAAGCGUCGGCUCUUUGUGGUCCUGUGGCUGCGCUUCCAGCGACUCCAGCUGGUGCUGCACAAGCUAACGGGUAAGCUGACCGAGCAGUACCUCAAGGAGAGCCGCUCCCGCAUACGCAAGAUGUUUAGCCUGGAGCAGAAUCGCCACGUCUUCCGCUUCUACACCGAGCUGGCCAUGUGCGAGUUCGAGGUUUUGGAGCGCGACGAUGAUCCUGUUCGAGCCUUUAGCAUAUUCCGCACCCUGCUGGCUAAGCAGGAGGAGGAGGAGGAUGAUGUUUCCUUUGGCUCUCCGGAUGUCCUGCAUGCUUAUUUGAUUUAUGCGGAAAUGCUAAUCUCGCGGAAUUCCCACGACCAGGCUUUGCAGCUACUCUACCGCAUCUGCAUGGGUCGGGCCAACGGCAGGAUGUGCCACAGCCUGGAUGAGAUUACCAGCCGGGAACAGAUCAACAUGGAGAUAUUGGCCUUGGACGGAAUGCCGCAGGAGAUGCCCCUGGAGGAGUACUUUCAGCCCCACAGGCUGCUCAUCCUCUUGCGAGCCCACUGUCUGGCCUGGAACCUGGAGCAUCGCAGCGCCGAAACGAAUGUCCUGCUCGAUCGUUUGCUGGCCAAGCAGCUGAGCUUCGCAGCCACCAGGAACAGUGAACGCAGGCGUUUCUUCCGUGAGCAGGUCCUGGAAAUGCAGCUAGUGCUGAGCCAGCUGCGGGUGCCGGAGAAGCCUCUGGCGGAGAAAGCCUUUACAAGUAAAAAUCAAGUGGUGCAGCUAGUAGAGCAGGGACUCCACGAAUAUCCUCGCAACCUGGUCUUCCUGCAGCGCUGGGCCACCUUCGGUACUUUGCAGUGGCACAAGCUGCGCGCCCGCAUCAUACGCACCCAGGCCGGCAUCCUGUCGCUGCUCCAUUUGGUCAUUGCCGCUCGCUGUCGGUUCGCCAGGAUCCUGGACCAUGACCAGCAGCAAAGCCAUCCCGAGCUGCGCAGCCAUGUGGAGGCCACCGUGCGCAAUCGCGUGCUCAGCAUGUUUGAGACUUUUCUGCCGCGGAACACCAAUCGCUCGGAGAUCGAGGCUAACCAAUAUCAGAUUUUGCGCCGCAAUUCGCUCUACUGGCGCAUCUACCUGCGCUGUCUCUCCGACACCAGGACCAGCUUCGAGCGGAGCAAAGAGUGCCUGGUGUCCGCCUUGGACGAGUGUCCCUGGGACAAGGCUUUGUACAUGGACGGGGCCAUCUAUGUGCCGCAGGAGCUGGCCCAUCUUCAGGACGUGAUGAUCGAGAAGCAGCUGCGCAUCUAUGCUCUGCCCGAGGAGCUGAAUAUCCUGCGAGGCUCCUAGACUUUAAACUUUGUUGUAUUAUUUAAAUA